AUUAUAUUGUCUUAUAGUCAAACUUUUAAAAUAAAGUUGUGAGAUAAGAGUCUAGAGAGUGGAUUUGGAUUAACUGAACAACAAGAAUUGGAAAACUUCCAAGAAUGGAACUGUCUGAAUACACAGAGUCUCCCGAUUAUGAUCGAGCAAAAGAGUUAGAGGCUUUCGACGAUUCAAGAACUGGAGUCAAAGGCCUAAUCGACGCCGGAAUCCAAAAAAUCCCAAAAAUAUUCGUCCGGCCGGCGGACGAGCUUGUCGAGGAGCUGAGCCUGCAGUGUCCGUCCGACGAUCUCCGACCACCCGUCAUAGAUCUCGCCGGCAUCGGAGUCAAGGACCAGCGCGAGAAGAUCGUCGGUCAAGUGAGAGAGGCGUCGCGAGAGUGGGGCAUUUUUCUGGUGACCAAUCACGGGAUCCCGUCCGGCAUCCUGGACGGAAUGAUCGACGGGAUUCGCAGGUUUCACGAACAGGACGGUGAGAUUAAGAAAACGUUUUACUCCCGCGACCGGACCAGACGGGUGAAAUACUCGAGCAACAUUGACCUGUUUCAGUCACGCGCUGCGAAUUGGAGAGACACGUUGACCAUUUCCAUGGCGGCUUCACAAAAUCUUGAACCGGAAGACUUACCAGCAAUUUGCAGAAAUGCAUCAAUGGAGUACAUAACUCAUGUUACAAGGCUAGGAGAAAUAGUAUUUGAGUUAAUAUCAGAAGCUUUGGGCCUGAAACCGAAUUACUUGAACGAGCUAGAGUGUGCGAAAGGCCGCACAUUGGUGUGCCACUACUAUCCGCCGUGCCCGCAGCCGGAGCUAACUUUAGGCGCCACCAAGCACACCGACCCUGCUUUUCUAACCAUUUUACUACAAGACCAAAUCCAGGCUCUCCAGGUCUUGCACGACAACCUUUGGAUCAACGUGGAACCCGUCCCAGGAGCCCUCAUCAUAAACAUCGGAGACCUUCUCCAGAUUUUAUCGAACGAUGAGUUUGUGAGCCCUAUGCAUAGAGUGAUUGCUAACAAGGAGGCACCAAGAACUUCAGUGGCAUCCUUCUUCCGUGGUGCUGUUGAGCCUCCGACAACCUACGGUCCCAUCAAAGAGCUCACAUCGGAAGGAAGAACUCCGGCGCUGUACAAGGAAUUUACGGUGCCGGAAUACUUGAAUAAGUUCUUUGGAAGGGCUAUUAAUGAGUCUGGUCUUCAACUUUUCAGGCUGUGACCAAAAUCCCAUCAUGGGUUAUGUUUGUACCACCAUGAAAUUGAUACAUCAUUACGUUGCCUAAACUCAAACUUUAGUAUGUGUUAAUAUUCUUAGAAAAUCACACAUUUAACAUCUCAAUCA